AUGUCGACGGCCUUCCGAUCGAUCGCCCCAUUCUUGCGCACCGCGCGCCAUGGCCUCAAGACCAGCAGCCCCCUUCAGUCGGCCUUGAGGACUCAGUCGACCGCGGGUCUGAGCCACGUCUACCGCACAUACGCCACCUACGAGCGAUCAAAGCCCCACGUGAACAUUGGUACCAUCGGUCACGUCGAUCACGGCAAGACUACUCUGUCCGCAGCCAUCACCAAGCGCCAGGCCGAGAAGGGCUUCGCCAACUUCCUCGAGUAUGGCGCCAUCGACAAGGCUCCUGAGGAGCGUGCCCGUGGUAUCACCAUCUCGACUGCCCACAUCGAGUACUCGACCGAGAACCGCCACUACUCCCACGUCGACUGCCCUGGUCACGCCGAUUACAUCAAGAACAUGAUUACCGGUGCUGCCAACAUGGACGGUGCGAUCAUCGUCGUCGCCGCCUCGGAUGGCCAGAUGCCCCAGACCCGUGAGCACUUGCUGCUCGCCCGUCAGGUCGGUGUCCAGAAGAUUGUCGUCUUCGUCAACAAGGUCGACGCCGUCGACGACCCCGAGAUGUUGGAGCUCGUCGAGAUGGAGAUGCGUGAGCUCCUGAACACCUAUGGCUUCGAGGGCGACGAGACCCCCGUCAUCAUGGGCUCUGCGCUCAUGGCCAUGCAGAACCAGAAGCCCGAGAUUGGUGCCAACAAGAUCGACGAGCUCCUCAAGGCCGUCGAUGAGUGGAUCCCCACCCCCCAGCGUGACAUGGCCAAGCCUUUCCUGAUGGCUGUCGAGGACGUCUUCUCCAUCUCCGGCCGUGGUACCGUCGUCUCUGGCCGUGUCGAGCGCGGUGUCCUCAAGCGUGAGGAGGAGGUCGAGAUUGUCGGCAAGGGCGGUGAUGUCAUCCGCACCAAGGUCACAGACAUUGAGACCUUCAAGAAGUCGUGCGACCAGUCUCAGGCCGGUGACAACUCUGGUCUCCUGCUGCGUGGUAUCCGCCGCGAGGACAUCAGGCGUGGUAUGGUCGUCACCAAGCCCGGAACCGUCAAGGCCCACAGCCAGUUCCUCACUUCCCUCUACGUCCUCACCAAGGAGGAGGGUGGCCGCCACAGCGGCUUCCACGAGCACUACCGCCCCCAGCUGUACCUCCGCACAUCGGACGAGGCUGUUGACCUGACCUGGCCCGAGGGCGUCGAGGACGCUCGCCACAAGAUGGUCAUGCCCGGUGACAACGUCGAGAUGGUUGCUACUCUUACUUACCCCAACGCUAUUGAGGUUGGUCAGCGCUUCAACGUCCGCGAGGGCGGUCGCACAGUUGCCACUGGCUUGAUUACGCGCAUCCUGAAAUAA